AUGAAGUGUCUUGAUGUUACAAACGGGCAGUCGGUGGCGGUGAAGAGGCUGCGUGACACGAUGACUGGACGCCGAGGUGCCCACGACCAGAGAUACUGCGAGAUGAUGGUGCGUGAGAUUUGUCUGCUGAGAGCACUCAAUGACGAUCAUGUGGUACCAAUGAUUGAAGCAUUCAGGCACCAUGGUCACGUUCAUAUGGUGUUCCCGUUGAUGCGGUACAACCUUUACAGAUAUUUGGAGUUAAACGGCGGAGCUUUAACAGUAGAUGCCACCAAAGAAUGUGUAUACCAAGUAUUGAGAGGACUUAACUAUGUACAUAGUCAGAAUGUUGUGCACCGCGACGUCAAGCCAGAAAACAUUUUGCUUUCAGCCAAUGGCAUAAUCAAGAUCUGUGACUUUGGGGUGUCCCGCAUGUUUAGCAAAAACCGAACACUAGACCUCAGCACUGAGAUGGGCACUGUCUGGUACCAGGCCCCGGAAAUGCUGAUGAAUUCAACAAAUUAUGAUGCUACUGUGGACAUUUGGUCAGUCGGCAUUUUGUUCACGGAAUUGGUCAACAAGAUGCCUCUUGUCGCUGAAGACACGAUCACCAGUCAAUUGUAUGGCAUUACAAAAAUACUGGGAUGUGACAACUGUGACUUGAUAGUUGUAGACAAGUUCUUACGUAAACACGGUUAUAGCCUUAAUUUAGAGGCUAGUUAUGCACCAUUGUCUCAAUCUUAUACAGCUUCGAAAACUGCCUUGGCACUUCGAAAAGUGUAUGCCUGUUGGCCGAUAUACUUGGUAGAAAUAGUCACAUAUUGUCUGCAGUUUAACCCAGUUAACCGCAAGAACGCUGCACAGUUACUGGACAUGAAGUUUUUCACUGCCGGAACGUUCUUAUCCCGCUUUAAUAAGGAGAUGAAAAUCAAACUGAAAUACGACAAUGCAAGAUACCAAUAA